AUUCAUUUCUAUAUAAGCAUAGCAGUGAGUGUAAAACCAACACAACAAAUUCUUCACUUGUGCAAAAUUUCAACUUGUUCUGCACAUCCUUCACUUCUUUGUCUUGCUUGUUAACUGGAUAUACCAACUGAAAACAAUGGCCAUUCAUAUGCCUUGGAUUAUGCAUGCCAAACAAGUCCUUUGCCGGUCUUCUUUGACAGCAGCAAACAAAGCAGCUUCGUCCUCAUCAUCAACAGGCAUUCCAAAAGGUCAUUUUGCAGUUUAUAUUGGAGAGAGCGAAAAGAAGCGAUUCGUGAUCCCAGUAUCGUACUUGAACGAUCCUUCAUUUCAAGACUUGUUAGGUCAAGUUGAGGAAGAAUAUGGAUUUCAUCAUUCAAUGGGUGGUCUUACUAUUCCAUGCAGCGAGGAUAUCUUCAUCUAUCUCACUGCUCGAUUGGGUGGAUCAUGAUUCUUUGAUAGAGAGGACACUUGUUAGCAUAUUUUGACACACAAUUUUGUAAAGCAGCAAUUAACCAUUUCUUUGUACAAGUCUAUUUGUUUCCCUUUGCUAGCCCAAGAAGAUUCAUGCUUUAGAAGGGGGAACACAUACUGCCGGAAUAUCAUAAGGACAGACUAAUGACAUUUUCUUGAAACGUAAAGGCAAAAGCUUCACGGCUUUGCUGCUGCUUCUUUUCUGGAUUUUGUAUGGGAUUGUGCAGUUUUUGUGUGUA